AUGACCUGUAUUUCAGGAGCAGCUGUGACUGAUUUUGAUGGAGAUGGACAGUUGGAUCUUCUGGUGACGCACGGGGAAAGUGCAGCUCAACCCAUCUCGGUGUAUCGAGUCACUCAGGGCUCAUCUAAUAAAUGGCUGCGUGUGAUUCCACGCACACAGUUUGGGGCUUUUGCGCGUGGGGCAAAGGUGAUAGUCUACACCAAGCGAAACGGCCCUCACAUGCGCGUUAUAGAUGGAGGAUCAGGGUACUUGUGCGAGAUGGAGCCAGUGGCUCACUUUGGUCUCGUGCAUCCACCGUCUCGGAAAUGUUCGGGGUCGCCGAGCAGCAGGAAAACAAGCGUUCGCUCUGCUGACUCAUUACAGAGAAACAAUUAUGAUGUAACUCCAGGUCAUGUUCACCGGGGGGCUUCGGGUCUCAGUAACAUAAUCCUCCGCGUGGAGGCCGGCUCCUUGAAUAUCUUCACAGACUGA